CAGGGUCCGAAAUUUCUCAAGCAUCCCACCGCGUCUGGCACGGACACGUCGACGGCCCAUCCCUCUUUCUGCAAUGGCGACACUAGCACGGUUACGGCCUACGAUUGCCAGGCGCACUCCCUUCCGAGUCGCCGCGCGGGCGCUGCAAACGUCGGCGGACACGACACAACCACUAGAUACCCCCCACAAGUCGGAGCCGUUCCAGGUUAAACUUCAUGAAGACUCCUUCCACACAUACAGGCUGGAUGCCCCGCCGAACUUCGAGGUGGAGGUCACGAAAGAUAUGCUCAUGACCAUGUACAAGGAGAUGUCAACUAUGCGGCGGAUGGAGAUGGCUGCGGACGCCUUGUACAAGGCGAAGCUUAUUCGUGGUUUCUGCCAUUUGGCUAUCGGGCAGGAAGCUAUCGCGGUCGGCCUGGAGCACGCGAUCACGAAGCAGGACCUUGUCAUUACUGCCUACCGUUGCCAUCCCUUCGCAGUUAUGCGCGGCGGUACCAUCAAGGGUGUUAUUGGCGAGCUGCUCGGCCGACAGGCCGGUAUGUCGAACGGGAAGGGUGGUUCCAUGCACAUCUUCACGCCGAACUUCUUCGGUGGUAAUGGUAUCGUCGGAGCACAAGUUCCCGUCGGUGCCGGCAUCGCGUUCGCCGCGAAGUACCAGGAGAAGCCCAUAGCCACCUUCGCCAUGUACGGUGAUGGUGCUAGCAACCAGGGUCAGGUGUUCGAGGCGUUCAACAUGGCCAAACUCUGGAACCUGCCCUGCGUUUUCGUCUGCGAGAACAAUAAGUACGGAAUGGGUACCUCCGCCGAACGCAGCUCCUCGAACACCCAGUACUAUACUCGUGGCGACAAGAUCCCUGGUCUCCAGGUGAACGGAAUGGACAUCAUCGCUGUCCUCCAGGCAUGCCGGUUCGCAAAGAACUGGGCAGUCUCGGGCAACGGCCCUCUCGUCAUGGAGUUCGUCACCUAUCGUUACGGUGGUCACUCCAUGUCGGAUCCUGGAACCACCUACCGUACACGUGAGGAGAUCCAGCGGAUGCGUUCCACGCAGGACCCCAUCCGUGGUCUCCAGCACUACAUUGAGGAGUGGGGUUUGGCUACGGAGGAGGAACUCAAGAAACUCGACAAGCAAGCUAAGGCCGAAGUCGACGAGGCAGUUGAGGAGGCCAAGGCUUCGCCAGAGCCCAAGAUUGAGGACCUCUGGACCGACAUCUACUACAAGGGUACUGAGCCGCCGUUCAUGCGCGGUCGCGAGCGGGAGGAGGUUCACUACUACUAAAAUACACGCAGGCGGAUCUUUGAGGAUUGGGUCUUUUGUCGAUCGUUUAUAGACUCUGUUUAGUACUUAGGUAUACAUGCGUCGGAUAUCCGACACCCAAAUAAUUGAUGCUAGCAUCGUCCCCAACA